AUGAGCCUGCAACGCAACCUUGGUGCAGUUCUGUCUGCCUUGGCGGAAGAGUCAGAAGUCAACCGUUGCCCACUAGCCAAGGGGCUAUACUCCUUCCUGGCAACAUAUAGAUUUGUGGCUGCAGUCUACCUGCAGGCAGAUGUACUCCCUCACCUGGCCUGCCUUUCCAAAUUGUUCCAGAAGGAAAAUGUAAAUUUUCUGGCUUUGAAACACCAGGUUCCUGUGACGAUUGCCAUUUUGAGAACCAUAAGGGAUGCGGGAGACCAUCAGCCUCCUGGAUCAUUUCUCUCACGGCUACACCAAGACCUUGAUAACCCUACAGGGUUAUCAAGUUUUGGUGUAGUCCAUGAGGAGGAGAGGAACCGGAGACACAGAGGCUCCUUAGAGGAGCACAGCCGAGAGCAACUCUGGGUCCGAUUUAAAAAUCAGGUGAUGGAACCUUAUCUCGAUGCGCUUGUUGAGAGUUUGGAGAGGCGUUUUGGGAGUCUAGACCUGCUAGGAGCAUUCCAUGUUCUUGGGCCUCAGGCUGCCAAGGAGGACGAGGCUGUCUGUGUGAGGAAUCUAAAACUCCUGUCAAAUAAAUUUCUGACAGGAGACCAGGUGAUCCAAGAGUGGACCUCUUUCAGGCAACAUAUCCUGAUAGGAGCAUUCCAGGGCAUGGACCAGCAGCAGAUAAUGACGCGACUGGCGUCACAGAUUGACGAGUGGGGUCAGCUUUAUCCUGGACUCAAUAAACUGGCUGCCAUUGGUCUCACAAUUCCAGUCUCAAGUGUCAACUGUGAGCGUGACUUUUCAACACUGAACAGGGUGAAGACUGACCUGAGAAACAGGCUACAGGGAGAGCAUCUGGCGACUUGUUUGAGAGUCAGCAUCAAUGGCCCCCCCACCACCAAAUUCCCCUACAGAAGAGCCCUGGAGCUCUUCUUUAAAAAGCCCAGGAGAAUUAAAUGCUCCCAGGCUGGAUGUAGCCUUUGUGGAUGAGCAAAAACUUCACAGUUCUCCGUCUGUUGUCUUCUUUGUCCUCAUCCUCCUGUCGCUCUCUUGUCCUCUUCCCCUGACUCUCACUGUCUCACAAAGGAGCUGAGCUCACCUGAGGUCUAUUUGUAGUGCUAAGGCUCACACUGAUUGGUAUUCAAUUAGCUUUAUUUUUUAUUUUUCAUGUGUGUGAGUCUGUGUUCUUUUCAAAUUUUAGUUAGGUUUAUAAUUUAAAAAGAUGUGUUUUGCCCAUUGUUGCAGGAGAUUUCAUUUUUGAACAAAGUGUCUUAUGUAAAAAACAGUUAGUGUUUAAGCAUUAGGCAAAAAUCUGUAAAUAAAUUGUGCAAAUUAUAUUUGCAUUUUUUGUUUAAAUAUUACUAUACAAAAAUAUAAAAAUCUGUAAAUGAAGACACAAAAGGCAAAGUUACAACACCAAUAAUCCCAUCUACAGUAAUACACAGGACUGUUUGAAUAGGAUUUAAGUGCAUAUUCUCCUCUCAAAGUGCACCAGAUUCAUGCAUUCCAAUGUAAAGGGUACAAAAAAAAUUCGGUCGGGGGGGCAUGCCCCCGGACCCCCCUAGAGGGUUCGGGGGCCACACCACCGCUGCUGAAAAAAAUCCUGCGGGAA